AUGGCUGAUCAGUAUGAACAGAGUGGAGUUGCAGAGACCACCGAUCGUGGUUUGUUCGGUUUUGGAGAAAAGAAAGACGAAAACAAGCCUCAAGAAGAAGCAUUGAGCUCAGAGUUCAAUGAAAAGGUCCAAGUUUCUGAAGAGCCUGAGAAAAAACACGAGGGUUUGCUUCAGAAGCUUCACCGAUCUAGCAGCAGCUCCAGCAGCUCAAGUGAUGAGGAGGAAGAAGUGGAAGAAGGAGGUGAAAAGAAGAAGAAGAAGAAGUUGAAGGACAAGAUCAAGGACAAAAUUUCAGGGGAUGAUCAGAAGAAAGAAGAGAAGAAAGCAGAGGAAUAUCAUCAUCAUGAAUCAGACACAUCUGUCCCUGUUGAGAAGAUCGAUGAACCAGCUGCCGCCUCAGAGGAGAAGAAAGGGUUCUUAGAUAAGAUCAAGGAGAAGUUGCCCGGUGGCAAGAAGACCGAUGAAACUGCUCCCGCGCCACGGUGCCGGUGCCGGCGGCUCCGGAGUAUACCGCCGCCCCCCCAGCUCAUGAGGGUGAGGCUAAAGAGAAGAAGGGAUUCUUGGAGAAGAUUAAAGAGAAGAUUCCUGGCUAUCAUUCCAAGCCAGAAGAUGAGAAGGAAAAAGAAAAGGAAAAGGAGGAGAAGAAGGAGGCUGCUUCUUAUUAAAUCAAGUAGAAGGAAAAAGAAUUAAAAGGCAAAUGUGUGAUUGCCUGUCU